UAAAAAAAAGUUUACUUGACAAACAAAGUUUCCAGCUAUCGUAGGCUUAGUUAUCAGUAAAAAAUUUUACAAAAUGUAUGCUCUUAAGAAAAGCUUUCUCUUAUGUAUUUUUACUAUUGGUUGUGUAGUAGUUUUAGCAACAACAGAAAACGAAUACAAAAAAGCCGCUUGUCCUAGCAAAUGCAGUCCGGCAGCUUGUCCAGGUAAUUCUUACAGUGAUAAAUGUGGUUGUGUAAAAUGUGCUAGUAAUAGAGGAGGAUCGUGUGGAGGUGCCGAAAAUGCGCCUUGUAACUAUGGUCUUAGAUGCGUUAAUAAUGUGUGCGCGCCUGAAGUGGAGGAAGAUGACAAUGUUCUUCGAAAGUUAAAAAAGCUAUUCAGGCUUUAAGAAAACAGAAGACAAGAAUUUAAUUUAAAUGUUUAAUUUUGAAUUGUACAAAUAAAAAUUGUUGUAAUGUUAUUUCUUGUUGAAAAAUUGUUGUUACAUAAGGUACAUAAAA